AAAUGUGUAUUGUAUUUUUAGAGUACAAUCCUGACGGAUCAGGUACCUACCAGUUGAUAGUUGCCGUCAAUAGAGAUGAGUUCUACGACAGAAACACGCUCCCAGCUCACUUCUGGCCCCAUCCUGCCUCUCACAUCAUUGCAGGUAAGGAUGGUCUCAAUGGUGGGUCCUGGCUUGGUUUCUCUAGGAGAGGACGUUUUGCUGUUUUAACUAAUUAUCGGAAGGACUUCAAUGCACCAGAGUUUCAAGGGAUAAGCAGAGGUACGCUAGUCCUAAAUUAUUUAUUAGGCGAGACCACACCCACCAAUUACUCAUCAACCUUGAUGUCCAAUUCCUCACAGUAUGACGGCUUCAAUCUCAUCACUGGAUCCCUGGGUAAUAACAAAGAAAUGGUGUAUUGCAGUAACCGUAGUGAUGAGGGGGCGUGUCCCCUUCUGGGCGGAGUCUACGGCCUCAGUAACUCUUUGCUUGAUUCUCCCUGGAUGAAAGUUAAAGAAGGAAAAAAGAAAUUUAAAGAGAUAAUCAGUUCCGGCCUCAGCAAAGAUGACCUCGUGUCAGAGCUACUCUCGUUGCUAGGAGACGACACUUGUUACCAUCCGGACCCAGAGAUGCACGACACUUCUCAUCCAGAGUUUCUAAUGAAAGCUUUCAGUUCGAUAUUUGUAAAAGCACCCGGAGUUAGAUAUGGAACCAGGACCAAUACAGUGAUACUGGUCGAUCACGAGGGAACUGUAACGUACGUAGAGAGGACGAUGGCCGAACCAAUCAAAGAGGAACAAGUAGAGUGGAUCACUACAACAGAAACUUUUAAAAUAGAAGAACACAGCAGCGUCCUUUAGUUUUACUUCUGUAUCAAUAGAGAGACUUAUUGUGUCAUUGCAAAGAUAUUUCAUGUAGUUUUAAAUUCAAUAAUAAUAAUUACAAUAAAA